GCGGGGCGGUCUCUAGUCAUGAAGGGUCAGGAAACGUUGGUCGACAGUCUCACAUCAAAAUGGCCGCAUUUUAGUCUACAGACUACUUUUCUUUGUUGUUUGCCAAUAGCUGUGCAAAGGGCCUGGGAGUGUUCGCUAAAGUAACACGGUCUGUUUCGACCUAUAUUUCAUUGUUAAUCCAAGCGAAAUCAUUUUCGUGAAAUAGAAUAAAUAUUUGAUUUUUACAAGAUGUUACGCCAUCAACACCAUUCAAUGCAAAAUCAACUUAGAGAUCAUAAUAGAAUGGGAGGACCAAUGCGCCCUAUGCAGCAGGCAAGUAUGGCCCCUUUACAUCAGCCGCAGCAUCCAAUACCGCAUCGGAAUCCACAUCAACAAAUACUGCCCAUGCCCCCCCAUCAACAACAUUUACAUCACAUGCAACACCAUGGACCACCACAUGGAAAUCCAAGACAACCAAUGUUGAUGAGUAUGAAUGCACAUAAUUCCAACGUCUUUUAUCCAGGUACUAUGGUCAGUGUUAGUUUAAAGGAUCAGACAAACACAGUCUCCGUGACCCUUCAAAACCCAAACAUUCAACCGACGCAAUUUCAGCAACAACAGAAUAAUCAACAGAAUCAAGUUCAGCAACAUGUUCAACAGCAACAGCAGCAACAACACCAACAACAUCAGCAGCAGCAUCAACAGCAACAACAACAACAACAACAACAGCAGCAGCAGCAGCAGCAGCAACAACAAAUUAUGGAACAAGCUAAACCAUCUACGAACAAGGGUAACGGAGAAACCAGGGAUCAUAGUCCAUCGCAGCAAAGUCACGCCAAUGUGAACAAUCCAGCUUUGGCAAACAUGAAAGAAAAAACACCAAUGUGCUUGCUAAAUGAGUUAGCACGUUUUAAUAAAAUUCAACAUCAAUACAGAUUGACCAAUGAAGAAGGACCGGCGCACAAAAAGAGAUUCACUGUAACGUUAAAACUUGGAGAGGAAGAAUACGUAGCGGAUGGACCUAGCAUAAAGAAGGCUCAGCACAGUGCAGCCGCCGAAGCUUUAAGAAAGACUUGGUAUAGACAGCCUCCACCAAAACCUACAAAAGCAAUGAGAAUCGGUUAUUCGGGGAAAUGUCCACCUGGUUCAGGUAGAAACGUACCAGCAACGGUAGAAUUAAAUGCGUUGGCGAUGAAAAGAGGAGAACCUACAGUCUACACCUUUAGACAAGCUCCUCCAACAGGUCUACAACCGGUAGUUACAUAUGGUUUCACCAACUAUCCGCGUAUACUACAUUCCAGUUUGCCCCCUAAUCAUGGGUACCACACUGAAGCCCCAGCAAUGUAUAUUGUUACUUUAAAGGUUGGCGAACGAGAGUUCACUGGCCGAGGUGUGACAGGGCAAUUAGCACGACAUGACGCGGCAAAAAGAGCAUUAGAACAAUUACGUCAGUUACCUUUGCCGGAAGAGGUAUCGAGUAAUUGUACAAAUGGAAAUGGAAUAUUAACUGGAAUCGAUGAUCCAAAUGCCGAUUUGAAAAGUCCAGUAUCGUUAGUCCAUGAGACAGCAUUAAAACGUGGCCUGCCUGUUAGUUUCGAAGUUGUAUCCGAAAGUGGUAAACCUCAUAUUCGUGUAUUCGUGACAAAGUGUACCGUAGGGGAUAAGUCUACUGUCGGGGAAGGAUCUUCAAAAAAAGUUUCAAAAAAACGUGCAGCAGAAUUAAUGUUAGAAGAAUUAAAACGUCUUCCACCGUUACUCGUUAAUGUUCAAAAUCGGUUUUCAAAUGUGAAACGUAAGCCUCCCGCGACGAAGAAAAAAUCAAGAAAUUUGAUAAAGGUUUAUCAAGAUCCACGUGCCGAAUCUGAUGCUGUAGAUGAACUUAAUCCAGUUUCACGGCUUGUUCAAAUUCAACAGGCAAAACGUGAAAGAGAACCUGUUUAUAAUCUUAUAGAGGAAAAGGGCGCACCGCGUCGUAGAGAAUUUAUAAUAGAAGUAACGACGGGACAACACUCUGCUUGCGGUUAUGGUCCGAAUAAGAAAUUAGCCAAAAGAGCUGCAGCCGAGGCUCUUUUGGCAAAAUUAGGAUAUAGCAAACCACAGCCACAACCAACAAAGCCAUCUAUAAAAACUGGAGAAUCCGAAAAUACCGAGACCAAACCAAGAAAAGUCACUUUUCUCGAAGAUGAUCAAGUGAAUGAAACUCAGAGUCAUCCUGUAGGAGGUACUAUCGGACGUCAACUGGUACCUGGCUUGCUAUUGGUGGAUGGCGGUCAAGAAUCUAAAGUUGGAAAUGGACCUAGCGUUCAAGUGAUCGCUGAGGAAUUACGUGGGCAACAACAAAAUUCCGGAGUAUCUCCGAAAGAUCAGUUAAAAUAUUUAGCGCAAUUAUUUAAUUUCAAUGUUGAAUUUAGUGACUUCCCUAAGGUAACGAAACAAGGUGCAUCAAUACACAAGGAAUAUCUAUCGCUUGUAACACUGAGCACAGAUCCACCGCAAGUAUGCCAUGGUAAUGGCCCAACAGCGAACGCAAGUCGUAAUCAAGCAGCACUAACAGCUUUACGCACGUUAAGUAAGUUAGGGCUUGAUAAUGCUGCUUCUAACUCACAACCUAAAAAGGACAAAGGUGCGUCUGGAGAUGGAAUACACAUUAGCAUUCAGGUCAAAAAUAAUAUUAUAGAUGGAAAUAUCGAUAAAUAAUUAUCUGAAAUUAAAAGAUUAAAUAUGUAGGAUUGAUAAUUUAUAUUGCCUUGAGGCACUGUAAAAGAAAACUGAUGUUGUAACAUUUUAACGCGUGAAAUUAAUCAACGAGACGAUACAUUGUAAAAAAAAAAGAAGUUUAUACUAUCUGUCAUAUUAUAUUUCAUUCUUGAACGAAUACGCGUAUGAGCAUGACAAAUUUACGCAAAACGUAGUGUCAAAAUAAUAACGAUCAUAUUUGUCAACUAAUUAUCGUUUAUUUAUAUAAUCAUUGUGUUUGAUAAACUUGUAAAUGUAAUAGUAUCUCGUAAUCGGUUGUUUAUCAAUUUUCUCCUAACUUGUUUUUCUUUUUUUCUUUUUUUUCCGUUAGAAUAAAUUUAACAAGUAUUUCGUUCAUAAAACAAAAUGAUUUGUCUCGAAAAUUUUUGAUUCCAACAAUCGCGAUCAUAAUUGUAUGAUAUAAAUGUCAUAUAUUAUUUUUAUAGAUAUCAGAUAUUCACGUCUUGCUCCUAGGAAACAUCAACAAUUGCCAUACAGUUGUUCUAGCGUUUUCCGUAAGAGAAUACAGUUUAUAUCUUUUACAGUGCCUUAUAUGCAUAAAGAUAUGUUCAAGCACCAAUAAAUUAUUUACUAAAUAGAAAUCGCGUAAGGAAGAAUGUUUUUGUCGCGUAAAGAAGAAUAAGCUAAUAGAUCUGAUCAAUUUUACCGUUGCUGUAUUUUUUCGAUCGAAGAUAUAUUGCAACAUUUAUAUGACGACCAUAUUAUUUGUGAAUCUCCUCAGAUUAUAUAUAUCCAUAUAUAUAUAUAUAUAUAUAUAUGUAUGUGUGUGUGCAUAUAUAUAUAUAUACAUAUGUAUAUAUAUUAGGGAUAUUGUAUAAAAGAUCAUGAA